AUGGAUCUGAUACUGGCAAGGGCAGGUCUGUUAGAACUCACUAAUGAUCAGAUCAAGAAUGUGACGGUUUGUCUAGUCCAUCGCUACACUUUGGGAAAAUACUGGCAAGCUCCAAAGACCUGCCAGUAUCCAAAACAUCAAGGGAAGAAAAUGGCAAUAGCCGGAACAGAUGUUGUUAAUUUCAAGACUGCAAGGGAAAUAAAAAAUAUCUUUGGAGAAGCCGUUCCCGUUGGCUCACGUAAGUACUAUCAGACUAGCAACUAUAACUGUUUUAUUCUUUCAUUUUACAAUUAACAUAUCAGAAUUAAAAGGUUUUGUCUUCCUUCACAUUUCAACUAAAUACUUUCGUUCGUAAUCUACUUACUUAAAAGCGAGCUAUAGACUGAGGUGAAGUCCCAUUCUAUAUAUUUUCUGAACGAUAAACGUCGAUUCCGUAUUUGAUAGUAUUUUGCAGCCAGAAAAUCAUUUCCAAACAAAUAACAUAUCAAAUGAUCAUAAUUUGGUUUUUGUAGUUCAUUAGCAAUAGUUCUUUGCUGUGCGUCAUCCAUAAAUCUGGUUGCUGAUUUAUAGCCCAUAUAAUAUAAUUUCCAAGUUGGGAUAUAAAGAUAUAGCUUCUUUUAUCACCUUAGUAGUAAAUCUAGUAUUUUUUAACAAGUCUUUCCAGGUUGCAGAACUAUUUUUUGCUUCUUUUUCUUCCUAGCUAUUUGCACAACGUACAGAAAGAAACACAGUGACGAAUUAGAUCGGAAAUCAGACUGGCUAUACCCUGAGGAAACUGAGGGAGAUGUGCUCCUUCAAAGGUACUGUCGGAAGGGUAGUAGUUUGGUUGUUGUUUUAUAAAAAACACACACACGGUUGUCCUGUCAGGUUAUAAAUCCUAUCGCAAGGCAACUAAGUAGCAGCCUAUCCAUUUCCACGGACCUGCUAAAGAGGCUGCUGUGGGAGGCAUCAGUCGCCUGGUCACAUUGACUCCAUUUCUUGAAGACCAAUCAACGCCAGCUUCCCGGAAUCCCACAACACUAUGCUGGACUCCAGGGUCAGAGGAGGCCUCUUUUACUUCACAAGUGGUAACCAAUGCAGUCGGCAGGUAUAACAAGGCGAUGGAUACUACAAUUGCGAGUCUUAUUACACAAGAACAAGUAGAACUCGAGCCACUUAAAUAUCAGCCAAAAACUCCAUUCCAAAACUUAAGCGAUGGGGAACAGUUGAAAGUUGUAAAA